GUCUUCAGAAACAGGAAAUGAGCACCUUUGUCAUGCUGGCAUGAAACGCACUGAGAACAGGAACAUUUGAUGAAAAUAGCAAUGACUGAAGAAGAUUCUGACCAGGAGUUUGUUGCUGAUGAAUAUCAACAUCUUGUCCACUCCGAAGAGGAAGAUGAGCAGUUUCAGAGUUCGAGGACUGAAGCAGUACAAGUCUGCCCUAUCCCAAGCCUUAAGGUGACUGUUUUUCUUUGCUGGGGCAUCAUAGCACUGGCUGCCAUUGCUGCUUUAUUGGCAUACCUCUCUGGGGAUUCAGGUUACACUCUUGUGGAUGUUACAACAGAUUGUGGAGUUGUGAGAGGUUAUCAUAGCAGUACUGCAUACACAUUCAAGGCAAUACCCUAUGCAGUUCCCCCUGUUGGCAGCCAAAGGUGGACACCAUCAGCUGGUCUUAAAACUGCCAAUGCCUGCUGGAAUGGUACAUAUGAUGCUACCCAGUUUAGAGAUAUGUGCGCCCAGGUUCGGCCCAUGUCACAAGCUGGAAGGGUCUUGGGCUCAGAGGACUGCCUGCACUUAAACGUGUGGACCCCCAGUUUGUCGAAGGAUGCUAACUUACCAGUCAUGGUUUACAUUCAUGGUGGAUUCUUGCACGUUUUAAGUAGCUUUGAGGAAGGUUAUCACCCUACUGAAAUGCUAGCCAAGCAGACAAACAUUGUUUAUGUAAGCUUUAAUUAUCGUUUGAAUGCAUUUGGUUUUUUGGCAUUGGAACUUUUGCGGCAAAAUUCACCACAGAACACAUCAGGCAAUUAUGGAUUUUUGGAUCAAAUUGAAGCACUGCGCUGGGUAAGGAACAACAUUCAUUCUUUUGGAGGGAACCCAGAGAAGGUUACCAUUUUUGGACAUAGUUCAGGAGGAACGUCGGUCUUGGCAUUGAUGAUGUCACCACUGGCGAAAGGUCUUUUCCAUCGUGCCAUUGACAUGAGUGGAGCUUUAAUUUCUAGCAAAUCACUGGAAGAGACAGAAAAAGAUAACCUGAUAUUUCUGAAGAAAACAGAGUGUAAAACUCUGCAGUGCCUGCACUUAUUACCCACAGAGAAGGUCCUACAGGCUAUCCCAUGGCAGGAAUAUCCAAACUGGGCAGAAAAUGGCCUUUGGAAUAUACCACUAAAAGGAGAGAGUGUUGGUACAAUCGCUGUAGUGGACGGAUACGUGAUACCAGAACCACCACUGGAGAUGCUGAAGAAUAAAAACCUGCAGUACAAUGAUGUUCCCCUUGUGGUUGGCACAACACAACAGGAAGCUGACUUCAGCCCUUCAUAUCCCAACAUUUCCACAUGGACCCAAAGUGAUUUGGAGUGGAUUGUCAAAGCAAAUCUUGACCCUUAUGGUACUGAAAUCAGCACUGAAGCUUUGCAGGCAUAUGACAUCUCGAAGAUGUGUACAACAACAGACCGCUGCUUUGAGAAGGUCUAUACUACUAUGGUUUCAGACAUGAGAAGUACCUGUCCAAUGAAUGACCUGGCUGGCCAUGCUGCAGAGGCCCUGUCCAGUCCUGUGUACCGUUAUGUUGUGACCUACAACCCAUCUCAAGAAACAAAGGAUCUGUUUUUAACAGACUUCAAGAGCCGUUUUGCCUUUCAUGGUUUGGAUAUAUUUGGAUUCUUUGGUGCUCUUGACUUUAUUCUGGGAGAGACAACUGUAGAUGACAGAAAUUUCAGUCGAUUAUUUCAGAAAUAUUUUGCACAUUUUGCCAAGAAUGGUUUAAUGCCAGAUGAAUGGAAGACGUACCCAAACAAGACUGCACUGCUGUCGAGUUCAUUCUCCACUGUAGAUAAAUAUUACCCAGGAAGAUGUGCAAUUUGGAAAAAAAAUAGUUUUGACUCAUACGCCUGGAUUAACUGAAGUGCAUGAAUGGUCAGACUCCCCCGAAGAAACAAAUUUGUUCUAGUUGAUGUGGUUUUUAUCAAUUUCAGUUUAAUAUCCUCUUUAUAAUAAACUGUGUUUGAUGAACUGAGGCAUAGAACAUUAACCAAGUCAUUAUUAGCUGAUAUAACAUCACGUUCCAGUUGUCUUGGUAUGAAGAACAUUCAUUUUGAAAAGAUGUACCAAGCACAAGCUGCUGAUCGACAGACAAAGGUAUAUAAAAUUACUGGGAAAAUGUUUAAGAAGGAACAAAAUCACAGCACUGGCCACAUUACAACAAAUCACAAGGUUACGAUGAAUGGAGCGGGUUAUUUCAACACUGUGUUAAUAGUUGCAAUGAUAUGAUAUGCUAUUUACAUAUUAUGUUGCAUGAGGCUGUAGUAAAAAAAUGACACAGACACCUUUUGCUAAACUGGAAAUCUAAAAAAUGGAUAUAUGUGACUGUUUACACUUGUGUUAUAUGUAUAAUGAUUUGUACAAUAUGUAUGAGAAUUAAGGUCUGUAUAUCCAACUACAGAAAAAUCUAACCCAUGGUGCAUUGCAAACCAUCCUUAAUUCUAGAAUUGUUCAAGAUAACAGACAGAUAAGAGAUAUAAAAUUUGCCCAAAUUGUUGCACUCUGUUAAACAAGCAGUGGUAUGCAACACCAUAGGCCUCAGUAAGCUGUGUGUACCCCAAAGUGAUUUAAUGAGGCAUCAGCCCAGCAGUUAGGAUGGAGAUUAUGGUUUAGUCAACAAUUAUCACCCAUGCUGCCUUCCAUAGAGUAUUACACUGAAUUGUUUUGAAAAGUGGAAAUCCACCCAUUCUGUUUUAAGAGAAAUGGAUUCUUAAUGUGAAAUAAAAACUGAAUGGAAAUGGAAGCUGAAUGGCACAGCUACUUUGCUGGCUGGAUUGCCAGUAGGGGUUAAUGAUGAUGGGAUUGUGGAAGAUAAACAUAACAGUUUGCAGUUAUCUGUGAUAAAGUGUGGAAGUAAUGCAGUGUUCUGUAAAUUAUACCAGUACAGUUAAUUUGAGGAGCUGUGACAAUUACAGGACAUUGUCUUUUAUUUAUAUUUCAAAUUUAUAAAGGGAUGGCUGUUGCGAAUUAUCUCUUCCUCCCCAAAAUAAGUUUCAUCUCAUGGUUAAAUUCAUGUUUAUGAAACUACUUGUGGUCACAAGUUUUUAAUUCUUGGCAUAAAUUAGGUAUGAUUUUUUGGUUUGAUUAAUCUUCUGAUACUUAUUACACUAUUAAAGCAGAUUCCUACAGUUCUGCUGUAUCCAACUUUACCUGAGAUCACCUGUGAUUAGAGAGCUGUUGUCGUUUAUCAUCAUAGAUUUACAUUCCACUGCCAAUUACAAUCUGUUUGCAUAUUCAUUGUUUAAAUACCUUACAGUGGUUAUAUAAAAAUUGUAUAAGAUUACUCAAGUUAUUGAUUAAUA